CAUUAAUCAUCCAGAUUGUUCAUCAUCGUCACCGGCCAACAUUCACAUUCCCUUCAUCCACACCAAAAGCCGUGACUUCUUCCUCCAUCAAGCUUCGACGGUGACGGCAUCCCUCAUUAUCACCAUCAAGCUUGACUUCUUCCUCCAGUACUUCAUGAUUGCUGUGUUGUCUUCAACAAAGAUCUCUGCUCUUCCCCUUGAUGUGGAGAUUAAUUAACCCCUGGGCCAGUUAAGAGAGUUUGAGGCGUAGAUCGAUUGCGGCUAGGAUUGAGGUACGAAGUCACGGAGUUCAGGCUCCAGGGGAAUGAAUGCUUUUUAAGCUCAGGUUGCUAUUCGUGCUUCAGUGUUCAAUGGCAGGUCGUGGUUCAAAGCGUGAUAGAACACACUUGAGCUCUUCAUCUUCUCCACAAUUAUCUGACCAACUCAACAAAUUCCCUAUUCAAACAUCUUCUCUACCUAUGGGUAAAGCAUCUACUAGAUCUCCAGUUAUAAAUGAAGAAUGUAGCAGACCCUUGUCAUCCCACGGAUUAUCUUCAGUUAUGACUCAGUCAUAUAAUAGACUUUCAUUAUCAUCUCGAGCAUCAUCUCCUGAUAUCCCAUCUCCUGGAACUGAAAAUUCGUAUCCCCCCACUUCUCCAGCCCCUCCUACCUUUUCACCAUCAGGUUAUGAUUCUUCAGAUGGUCGAACAUGGAUAUAUCCUGAGAAGAAAACGUUUAAUCCUGCUGUUGCUACUGUACGAAAUAUUCUUCCUGUUAUUCAAGAGAAAUUUGACCAUCCAUGUUUCAGCUGGAAAGCGACACCACCUGAAUAUAAGAAAAUGUGGUUUGAUGAAUGGGCGUGUGCAGAAAUUUUAAGAAAUACAAUGCACACUGUUAGGCAAGACUUGUAUCAAAAACAAGUUGGGGCUAAGUGGAUUCCACGUCAAGUGAUGACCGAGCUAGAGAGAAUAUGGGCAUCAGAAGAUUACAAGGCUAAGUGUGAGAUUGCCAAGGCUAAUUGAGCCUCAACUAUAGGAGGCACUCAACACAAAGGUGGAAGUAUUCCUAAUACUAAGCAUAAGAGGAGACUGGAUGAGUUCAUGAGAAGAAAGGCAGAACUUAGUUCUGAAAGAGGCUCUCCAAGCAUACAAUCUAAUCAGGAAGAAUUUAACAUAUGGUUAGAUGUUAUAGGUGGCAAGAACAAGAAGGGCCGCAUCUAUGGAUUUGGGUAUGAGGCUGAUGAUGAUAUUUGUACCCAGGGAUCUUCUCCUUCCAUUAAUAGUACAAGUAUGAAUGCCAAUGUUGAAACUGAAUUGCGCAUGAGGAUAACGGAGCUUACACAGGAGAAUCAGCAAAUCAAACAGGAGCAUCAAAAGAUGAGAGAAAAUUAUAACAAAAUCAUGUCUGCAUUGGAAGGAAUGGGAAUUAAACUAUCUGAGCCCUCUAGCAGCAAUAUAAAUUUAGGAAAUGAUAGUUGAUAGUUGUU